AUGCCGCAUCCGGUUCUGCCUUCCAUGAAUAAGUCGCUCCCAAUCCUCACCAAAGCCGACGGCGAUGGGCCUUCGCAAGCAGACAUCACUGCAACCCUGAACGAGAUUUUCACCGCUACCACGUCAAAUGCAUCCGUCGAGGCUGCGUAUCGCCUUUGCGAUGCCCUCCUGAGCAGCCCGGCUGCCGGCUUUCGUGGCCUCACCAAAUACGGUGUCGUUGCCGAACUGAAGAAGGCGGCGGGUGAUAAGAAGAGCGGUCUUCGCCGGGAAAGUGCACAGAACCUUCUCGGUGCCUUGUUCGAGCGUUUUCCUUCUCGCCAGCCGAUCAGCGAGGUCAUCUUCCUGAUUCAGGAUGGCGGCCUAGUUGCUUGUGCGCUUGAUGCGCUCGCUGACAAGGGCAGCGUUGUCCGUGAUGCCGCCCAAUACGGACUCGAUGCUCUGUUCACCCAGCUGCAUGCUGAGGCUCUGGUCUCCGGCCUCCUGCCUGCGCUCAUCACCUAUCUGCACAAGAAGACGGGCAAGUGGCAGGGCACAGUCGGUGCUCUGAAGCUGAUUCAGCGCAUGGCAGACAAAGCCCAGAUCGAUAUCAGUACGACAAAGGCCGAGGCCAUCGAGAAGGAGGCCCUGAGAGACAUCAUGGGUUCCCGGCUGGCCUCGCUCAUCCCCAUUGUUGAGGCUGGUAUGCACGAUCUCAAGACUGAGGUCGAGAAGCAGUCGGUGCAGACCAUGACGUCGGUCACAGCGCUUCUCUCCAACGACGACGUCGCCCCUCGCCUGCCGCUUCUCAUUGACACCAUGCAGCACCCGUCGGCCCAGACUCUGCAGAAGGCCAUCCAUGCUCUUGCUCACACCACGUUUGUCGCCAUUGUCACGUCGCCAGUUCUGGCUCUCCUCACUCCUUUCCUCGAGCGGUCGCUUAACACCCCGACUACGGCCCAGGAGGUGCUGCGCCAGACGGUGGUCAUUGUCGAGAACCUGACGAGACUGGUUCACGACCCCAUCGAGGCACGUACGUUCCUUCCCAAGCUUCAGCCUGGCGUGAAGAGCGUCAUGCAGCGCGCUUCGCUCCCGGAAGUGCGUGACCUGGCGACUCGGGCUCUCAACGUCAUGGACGUGGCCAUGACGGCUGACGAAGCUGCUGUUGUGGAGCGGACCACUGCCGAUGACGUGGCCAAGGUCCUGGACGCAGAGAUUGCCAAGAAGGGCGGUCUUGCGGCCGACCGUGCCGCAUACGACGUUCUUCGCCCGUACAUCGGCUCCAUGGUGGCAGAGGACGUGAACUUCCGUUAUGUCACCCGGGUUUCAACUCAGAUCGCCCCAUACAUUGCCCCAGUGCUGAAGGACUCUUCCGCUCACCAGGCCAUUGCCGAUGCGGUGCAGGAGUUCUAUGUCAGCGAGGAUCACCGCAAGUAUGGCGAGCCGGAGAAGGAUGACGAUGGCGAGACCGAAAUUGUCAACGCAGACUUUUCACUGGGCUACGGCGGUAUGCUUCUGCUUUCGCACACCAACAUGCGCCUCCUGAAGGGCCAUCGGUACGGCCUUGUCGGCCGGAACGGUGCCGGAAAGUCGACUCUCAUGAAGAGCAUUGCCGGCGGAAAGCUGGAGGGAUUUCCGCCGCAGGACGUGCUUCGGACCUGCUACGUCGAGCACAACCAGGGCGAGGAUGCCGAGAUUAGCAUUCUCGACUUCGUUUCCAAGGACCCAGAGAUUGCGAAAGCAGGCCGGGCGCGCAUCAUUGAGGUGCUCGACGAGUUUGGUUUCACAUCUGGUCCUGACGGCCGGCAAGCACAGAAGGUCGGCUCUCUGUCUGGUGGAUGGAAGAUGAAGCUGGCUCUGGCCCGUGCCAUGCUGCAAAAGGCAGACGUCCUCCUGCUGGACGAGCCGACGAAUCACCUGGAUGUUGCGAACAUCAGAUGGCUCGAGAACUACCUCAAGACACACCUGGACGUGACCAGCCUGAUCGUUUCUCACGACUCUGGCUUCCUGGACGAGGUCACCACGGACAUCUACCACUACGAGCCUGGCAAGAAGCUGGCCCACUAUAAGGGCAACCUUGCCACCUUUGUCAGCCACCACCCCGAGGCGAAGAGCUACUACACCCUGACGGCCAGUCAGGUGCAGUUCAAGUUCCCACCGCCCGGUCUUCUGUCCGGUAUCAAGUCGCAGACUCGGGCUAUCAUCCGUAUGACCAACGUGUCGUAUGCGUACCCCGGCGCCACAAAGCCGCAGCUGUCGGAUGUGUCUUGCCAGCUGAGCUUGUCGUCGCGGGUGGCGAUCAUUGGUCCCAACGGUGCCGGAAAGUCUACCCUCAUCAAGCUGCUUACUGGCGAGACGAUUCCGUCGACUGGAAAGGUUGAGAAGCACCCCAACUUGCGUAUCGGCUACAUCAAGCAACACGCUCUGGAGCACGUCGAAAUGCACCUGGAGAAGACCCCCAACCAGUACCUCCAGUGGCGUUACGCACACGGUGAUGACCGGGAGGUGCACAUGAAGCAGACGCGUAUCGUGUCCGAGAUGGACCGUCUGCAGAUGGAGAAGUUCAUCGAGCCGGCCGCAGGCAUGGGCCAACGGCAGAUUGAGACUCUCGUGGGUCGGCAGAAGUACAAGAAGACGUUCCAAUACGAAGUGAAAUGGAAGAACAUGCUGCCCAAGCACAACACGCAAGUGACGCGUGAGAAGCUGCUCGAGUGGGGCUACGACAAGCUGAUCCAGGAGUUUGACGAUCAUGAGUCGUCACGCGAGGGCCUGAGCUUCCGUGAGCUGCAGCCGGCGACCAUCUCGAAGCAUUUCGAGGAUCUCGGCCUCGACCCCGAGAUUGCCAACCACAACGAGAUCGGCUCUCUGUCUGGUGGACAGAAGGUGAAGGUCGUCAUUGCCGGAGCGAUGUGGAACAACCCGCAUUUGCUGGUGCUGGACGAGCCGACGAAUUUCUUGGACCGUGACUCGCUCGGCGGUCUGGCAGUGGCCAUCCGCGACUUCAAGGGCGGUGUCGUCAUGAUCUCUCACAACGAAGAGUUUGUCGGUGCACUGUCGUCGGAGCAGUGGCACGUGGCAGACGGUCGUGUGACGCACAAGGGUCGUGAGGCCGUGUCGACGGACCGGUUUGAGGACAGCCGCCCGGGCAGCGGGCUCACAACGCCGGGUGUGGCCACGCCGGCGAUGUCGAGCGCCAUCUCGAGCGCAGUCAACAGCGGCCUGGAGGACAACGCGGUGGGAGACCUCAAGUUCAAGGCGAAGAAGAAGCGCAAGAAGACCAAGAAGGACAUGAAGGAGCAGGAGAACCGGCGGCGCCAGCGGGAGAUUGUCUGGUUGAACUCGCCCAAGGGCACGCCGAAGCCGCUCGAUACGGACGACGAGGAAGAUUAG